AUGUCUCUUGCAACAAACGACUUUUGGGAUUGUCUUUGCAGUGGCUGUUUCUUCAGUGUUGGCAAAAACGUCACAGUGGUUCAGGCUUUCCUGGCCACCAAGCCAGGAUCCAAGAUGAGAAUGUUUGUGGGAAAGAGACUGUCAAACUCCAUUGUCAUUUCCUACUCUCUUAUUCAAAUAGGUAUUUGCAUGACAUGGCUAACAACAUCUCCCCCAUUCCCAGACACUGACAUGGAUUCAGUAGUUGAAGAAAUUAUUCUGCAGUGCAAUCAAGGCUCUGUGACUAUGUUCUACAGUGUCUUAAGCUAUUUGGGCUUCUUGACUGUUAUUAGUUUCAUAGUUGCCUUUGUGGCCAGGAAAUUACCUGAUGCUUUCAAUGAAGCCAAGUUCAUCACCUUCAGCAUAUUGGUCUUCUGCAGUGUUUGGAUAUCCUUUGUUCCAAGUUAUUUGAGCACCAAGGGGAAGUACAUGGUACCAGUGGAGAUAUUUUCCAUCUUGGCCUCUAGUGCUCGUUUGCUGGGCUGCAUCUUUCUUCCUAAAUGUUAUGUAAUUAUUUUGAGGCCUGACUUGAAUACCAAAGAACACCUAAUGAGAAGGAAAAAAUGA